GAUAGAAGUUAUAAUGAAAGAAAUUCACUAUUUAACCGUUAUUUAAGAUAUUAUUCAGUCAUGUCAUGUUGUAACAUUGAGUUAAAAUCCAGGGACUACAAGACGCAUGUUUUGAGGGAACAUGCGUCUUGUAAUAGACAGCUGGGAAGUCGGAAAAGAACGAGUGUUUUCGUGAAGUUGGCACGUUAAAUCCUGACAUGGAAUUCGGAGUUGGAUGACCAUUCAAAACCGGUUUUCCCAAUCGGUCAUCGUUUUCCAACCAGUCACAGGUGUUGAAGCACAGAAGUGGAGGAUUGCCGAGCUGUUUGAACGCGGCAUUAAAAGUCUUUAUGAUGCAAAUAAACAUGUCAUAGAAAAAACAGUUUUUAUACUUAUUACGUCUAUAAUUAUAACAUGUCGAGUGUAAGUAUCAUUGUGUUACUCUGAUUUCCAACUUUCAAUUGAGUUUAGCAUGUUCUUGGUAAUGGCGUAAUAAAACAAUUACCUAAAUAAUUCGGGUCGUACAAUUUAGCCAUGGACGACUCAGUGGUGCUGAAGAAACGGGGAUAUACAUUGGGCAUUAGUUUAGGCGAGGGGUCAUAUGCUAAAGUCAAAUCGGCUUAUUCUGAGCGUCUGAAGACCAACGUUGCCAUUAAAAUUAUCAACCGAAGAAAGGCGCCGGCAGACUUUUUAGAGAAGUUUUUACCCAGGGAACUGGAGAUCCUUGCAUCCCUAAACCACCGUAACAUCGUCAAGACCUUUGAGAUCUUCGAGACUUCAGAAGGCAGAGUGUAUAUGAUAAUGGAACUUGGAGUACAAGGGGACCUACUUGAGUUCAUCAAAUUCCGGGGUGCGUUGCCUGAAGAUUUCACCCGAAAACUGUUCAAGCAGCUGUCACUUGCAAUUAAAUUUGCGCACGAACUAGAUGUGGUUCACCGAGACUUAAAAUGUGAAAAUCUUCUAUUGGACAAAGACUUCAAUCUAAAAGUUUCAGACUUUGGAUUUGCCAGGAGGAUAGAUUAUGAUAACGGAAAAAUGAUUCUCAGCAAAACGUUCUGCGGCUCUGCAGCCUACGCAGCCCCCGAGGUUUUACAGGGGAUCCCCUACAACCCCAAAGUGUAUGACAUUUGGAGUAUGGGUGUCGUUCUAUUUAUCAUGCUCUGUGGAUCUAUGCCCUAUGAUGACUCCAAUAUCAAGAAAAUGCUGAAGAUUCAGAAAGAGCAUCGCAUUGACUUCCCACGCCGCAAAGUUGUCCCGCUAGUGUGCAAAGACCUGAUAUAUCGCAUGCUGAAUCCCGAUGUGUCCCGGAGGAUAGAAAUUGAUGACAUCCUUAAGCAUGUAUGGGUGCAGUUAAAAUCCAAAUCACAUGAUGGUGGUAAGAGACGGGAAGAUGAGCCUUCAAAAUGGGAAGCUGCUGACUCCAAAAAAGAAAGAAAGGGUGAAAGUUGUAAGCAUGAAUGUAAGCAUCCUCACAGCAGUAGCAAAAAGGUAGAGAAAGUAGAAGCCGAACUGGACCCAAAACCUUCUAUCGAGAGCAAAGAAACAGCAGGACCAUCUAAGAACACCAAGACAAAAUCUCAUCCAGACGCAAAGACUGGUGUCCAUGUAGAAAGUUGUAAGCAUGAAUGUAAGCAUCCUCAAGGCAAUGACAACAAAAUGGGGCAUAAAUCAGAACCCGAAUCGGACCCUAAAACUUCAAAGGAGAGCAAAGCCGCAGGACCAUUUAAGCACACCAAGAAAAGUCUGCACCCAGAUAGAAGCAAUGGAGUUCCUUCUGAUUCAUGAUGUUGAAAUGCUCGA